ACAGAUCCUUCCUGUGGUGUUCCCACGAAAAUUUGGAAAACCAGUCCUGAUCCUUCGUCAAUGCCUUCCCACAAAAACAGCAUUCCAUGUCACGUCUUUCAGACUGUUGACUUCCACGGGCCUUGCGAGCAGGAGGACAGGAGAAACUCAGCCCCAGAAUCAAUUUUGUUGGUACCUCCAUCCUGGACAAAGCAACUGGUGCCUGCAAUACCAAUCUGCAGUUUGCCCGUCCAGUCGCUCCCGCCCCUCGAGUGCCCCCCCCCCAGCCAGUCUGGCUCCUACGAGCUGCGGAUCGAGGUACAGCCGAAGCCCCACCACCGGGCGCACUACGAGACGGAGGGGAGCCGAGGGGCUGUCAAGGCGCCGACCGGAGGCCACCCCGUCGUCCAGCUUCACGGUUACAUGGAGAACAAACCCUUGGGUCUUCAGAUCUUCAUUGGGACAGCAGACGAACGGAUACUUAAACCUCAUGCUUUCUAUCAAGUCCAUCGCAUUACGGGAAAAACUGUCACCACCACCAGCUAUGAAAAAAUCAUUGGCAACACCAAAGUUUUAGAGAUCCCAUUGGAACCCAAAAACAACAUGAAAGCAACCAUUGACUGUGCGGGGAUUUUGAAGCUGAGGAAUGCAGACAUUGAGCUGCGCAAGGGAGAGACGGACAUCGGCAGGAAGAACACCCGCGUCCGGCUCGUCUUCCGUGUGCACAUCCCCGAGUCCAACGGCAGGAUCAUUUCUCUGCAAGCAGCGUCAAACCCCAUCGAAUGCUCCCAAAGAUCUGCUCAUGAACUUCCAAUGGUUGAAAGACAAGAUAUUGAUAGCUGCCUUGUUUAUGGAGGACAACAGAUGAUCCUGACUGGACAGAAUUUCACAGCAGAGUCCAAGGUGGUGUUCACAGAGAAAACAUCAGAUGGGCAGCAGAUCUGGGAAAUGGAGGCAACAGUGGACAAAGAUAAGAGCCAGCCUAGCAUGCUUUUUGUAGAAAUACCAGAGUAUCGUAACAAGCACAUUCGCACAGCUGUGAAGGUGAAUUUCUACGUCAUCAAUGGGAAAAGAAAAAGAAGCCAACCCCAGCAUUUUACCUAUCACCCAGGUAAUUUACCAUCAAUCAAAACAGAGCCCAUUGAUGACUAUGAUCCAGCCUUAAUCUGCAAUACAGUACACAGUGGUCUGGGAACAGUAACACAGCCUUACUAUUCACAGCCUACAAUGGUCACCGAAUCCCCUUCCUGUCUUGUGGCCACUAUGGCUCCUUGCCAGCAGUUGCGCUCAGGCCUUUCUUCUCCUGAUUCUCGAUACCAUCAACAGAAUCCUGCCGCUGUAAUAUACCAAAGAAGCAAGAGCCUUAGCCCAAGCCAACUGGGCUACCAGCAAUCCAAUUUGAUGGCUGCACCAGUUGCGAUUUCAGAUGCCCAUAGGUCAGUGCUGGUGCACGCUGGUUCCCCCGGCCAAACUUCAGCGGUGCUCCACCACUCUCCAGGCAACCAGCAGUCUUCUCCAGUGAUUCACUAUUCUCCAACCAACCAGCAGCUGAGGUGCGGAAGUCACCAAGAAUUUCAGCACAUCAUGUGCUGUGAAAAUUUUACGUCCAAUGUUGCAAGAUCCAGCCAGCCCCAGGUCAGUCAAGCACAAAGGUUAAGUCCAAGUUCAUAUCCUACCGUGAUUCAGCAGCAGGCAGCCUCCGGCCAGCGAGCAGCAAAAAAUGGACCACCGGUUAGUGACCAGAAAGAAGUGUUACCAGCUGGAGUCACUAUUAAACAGGAACAGAAUCUGGACCAAGCAUAUCUGGAUGAUGGUAGGCAGCUAUUGGCAAUCUGGUUGAUUGGUUCUUUUAUUAAAAUUUGCUCCUUGCAAGAGGAAAUCAAUGCGAAGUUAAUAGCGCAGCUGGACACUGCAAUCAUAAAGGCCAGUAGCAAACCCAACAUUGAUUUUAGUGGGAGCAGAGUGAGGUUGCUGGAUAUGUUGCAGCAAAUAUAG